UUGAAGAGGAGACAUUGUAGCGCUGUCUAGAAAUUCUGGUGAUUUGUAAAUCCAUGCAAAAGACUGAUGCAUAAAACAUGACUAGCUUGCUCAGUGCAAAGAUGUACAAAACAUAUCAGUAUGUUAAUAAAUUGUGAAAAUUACAAAAUUUGUUUUGUAUUAUUUAACUCUGUAGGGCAGGUGUUUGUAAAGUCCUCUUAGGAAUAGUACAUUUACUUUUGGACAAUUUGAUUGUUCUUUUUACAACAUAGUCUUCUUUAUGACCUGGAGGUCAAGGUUUUAUACUAGGGCAUCUAAAGGCCUUUCAUGGGCUGUCUCCUCCCUCUUUCUCCCUCCUCCUUCUUCCUCUCUCUCUUUCUCUGGGUAAUUUGGGAUUUGGGGAAUGGGAAGUACAAAGUUAAACAGGAUGUAGAGUCACUACUGCUGCAUACAGCCCCCCACACUGACAGCAGACUGGAGUUCGCAUUUGGAGAAGCGACCAAAGUUUGGUGACAUCUUGAAAACUGUUUAACCUGCUGUGGAGAUACAUACGUCUGGGCCAGUAAAUCCAAGAGGGAUUCUGGUGAUGAAUCACCUGUGGACUCUGCUAUCAGCGCUGCUCCUGCUUGUGUCCUUCUGUCAGCCUUUGAGCCCCGAGGAGAAUGAAGUCUUGAAGUCCCCCCACGUCUCCAAGAGCCUGUUGGUCGACAAUGUUAUUGGAAAUACUAGUGAAACUACAAGCCGAACACCUACCACUUCUCCUCUUUGGAACACAACAAUGACUGCAGUUCAGCAAUCCACUUCAGCAUUUUACUGUCCAGGAAACCAAAUCCCUCUGAAGAACAGCACAGAGUGUGGCUGUCCACUCCACCUGGUGAAGGACAAGGAUAACUGCUCCUGUCCGCUAGGCUUUACUAUGGUGAAAGAUCUGGUGGAGAUGGAAUGUAAAGAUGUGGAUGAGUGCAGUGAAGAGGCAUCUGGCCUGUGUGGUCCCAGUGCCAUCUGCAGUAACACCCCUGGGUCAUACUCCUGUAGUUGUCUUCGUGGUUACUUGAUGGGAGCAUCAGGAUGCCAAGACAUAGAUGAAUGUGAACUGGCUAGAGUGAUGGGACUGCAGGCCUGCCAGGGCAAUGCUGAGUGCAAAAACACUAUUGGUUCUUUCACCUGUUUGUGCCCUUUGGGCUAUAUAAUGGAUGUAAAUGGAAAAGUCUGUGUUGAUGUAGAUGAGUGCAGCUUUGAAGACCAGUGUCAUCGUGAGUUUGGAAACACCUGUUUGAACACUCCAGGCAGCUUCCUGUGCCAGUGCAGGCCAGGCUUCAGAGCAGAGCACCUCGCAUGUGUUGAUGUGGAUGAGUGUGAGGAGAGUCCCGAGGUGUGUGCUGGUCAGGGCGUGUGUGAAAACUCACUCGGGAGCUACAAGUGUGUUUGUCAACCAGGUUACCACGGAAACGGCACACACUGCGAAGAUAAAAAUGAGUGCUUGUCCGGUGACAAUGACUGUGACACCAAUGCUCGCUGUGGAAACAUUAUCGGUUCUUAUUUCUGCCAGUGCUAUCAGGGCUUUAAUGGAGAUGGACACUCCUGUUUUGAUGUUGAUGAGUGUGCAGUGAACAAUGGCCAGUGUGCACACAACUGCACUAAUGAAUCCGGAAGUUACCACUGUCAGUGUGCUUCAGGGUACCAACUCGACAAAGAUAGACAUAACUGUACAGAUGUGGAUGAGUGUUUGGCCCUCAAUGGAACUUGUGCACAUGGUUGUAUUAACACACAGGGAUCUUAUGAAUGCUCCUGCAGGCCUGGAUACCAGCUGCACAUCGACGGCUCCACCUGUGUGGACAUUGAUGAAUGUAAACUCCAAAAUGGAGGCUGCUCUCACAUCUGUACCAACUCUCCUGGAGGACACACCUGUCAGUGUCCAUUUCCGCUACUUUUGCACACAGAUAACCUCACAUGCAUGAAUGUAACAUCGUGCAAGUGGAGAAAUGGUGGCUGUGAGCACGUGUGCUCUGUGAGGGCCGAUGGACAGAUCCAAUGCCGUUGUAGAGAGGGCUGGAAACUGGACUCAGAUCUUUGGGGCUGUUUGGAUGUUAAUGAGUGCGGGGACUUCACAAAUGGAGGCUGCGAGCAGUGUGUGUAAAUCAUCCUGGUGGCUUCAACUGCUCAUGCAGAGAAGGCUACACUCCUUGUGUGAUCCUCCUUGUCAAAAUUAUGGCAUAUGUGUAGCCCC